GGACGCUGGAACAGCCCAGCGCCGCCGCUCCAGCCACUCCCUACGCCCCGGCGCACGAAGCACUCUGCGGUCCACCCAGAGCUCCAUUCACUGCGCCGAGGGUCCCGAUGAGAGCCGCGUCCAGCCUCCUCCAGCCCAGCAGACAACCAGAGUAAAGAGUGAAGACCAGCGGGGGAAGGGGCUUCGGCAGCCACUCCACACCACCUUCUGGGAUCCUUACUUUUGCUUCGUGGAGUGGAUUUUCAGGACGCGAGGGAGCGACUCUUGCAGAAAUAACGAGGAGGGGACACCUGCAGCCAAGAUGGAGGUGAAGACUUCACUUCUGGACAACAUGAUUGGGGUGGGCGACAUGGUCCUCCUAGAACCCCUGUCCGAGGACUCUUUCAUCGAGAACCUGAGGAACCGCUUUGACCACAACGAGAUCUACACGUACAUUGGCAGCGUGGUGAUCUCCAUGAACCCCUACAGGGCCCUGCCCAUCUACACCCCAGAGAAGGUGGAGGAGUAUCGCAACAGGAACUUCUAUGAACUCAGUCCACACAUCUACGCUCUGGCAGACGAGGCCUACCGUUCCCUGAGGGACCAGGACAAGGACCAGUGCAUCCUCAUCACGGGGGAGAGCGGCGCCGGGAAAACGGGUACGUGGCGACGCGCCCCCUUUUUUGAAAACGCAGCCCUGAGCGCGGGCCGGAGUGAAUUCGAUCGAUCUCGUUCUGAGGCGCGUCUGGUGCCAUCGUCAUGAUCGGCCACGUUGACC